UGGAGGUGGCUCCGGCGCUCCUCACACAGUCACACUCCGCGCACUCACAUACUUGGAAGCGCCUCCCCACGUCCCUCCCCUGCCCUCCUCUAGCUCUGCUCUCCUCUCUCUCACCACAAAUAGUCGCCGACCGACUGCCAAUCCGUGUCUCUCUCUCUCCUCUCUCUCAACAACAUGACUGACUGGGAAGCGGUGGCUCAGGCAGAGCAGCUCUGCUGGCGCAGGCAGGAGGAGGAGGAGGAGGAUUAUUAAAAAACGCAGCUCGACUCUGUGCAACUGGGAGUGGAGAAAAGGAGCCCAACAGCUGAGAAGGGGAGGGAGGGCAGAGGAGGGGACCAGGAAGGGCACCUCCGUGCCCCGAAGACAUACAUUUCUGAGUGCCCGGGAGGAGCCUUAACGAGCGGCGCGGAGCCCUUCAAGGCUGCUAAGUUGGCUCUCACAGUGCAAGCCUUGGAGUCCCAAUGGGGGACUCAGGAUCAAGACGAUCUACCCUGGUCUCCCGGUUGCCAAUAUUCAGAAGAAGUAUUAGCAGAAGACAUGAUUCUCUUCCUUCCUCACCCUCCUCCAGUAAUACAGUUGGUGUCCACAGUUCCUCUCCUUCCAGCACUAACUCAAGCUCAGGUAGCACAGGUAAACGCAGGAGCAUAUUCCGUACUCCUUCCAUUAGUUUCCACCAUAAGAAGGGGAAUGAACCUAAGCAAGACUCUACCAACCAGAACCUUAGUAUUUCAAAUGGUGCUCAAUCUGGUCAUAGCAGUAUGCCAAAACUGAGUUUGGAAGAACAUAUUAAAACCAGGGGAAGACAUUCCGUUGGUUUUAGCAGUUCACGGAAUAAGAAGAUAACAAGAUCUUUAACAGAAGAUUUUGAAAGGGAAAAGGAGCACUCAACUAAUAAGAAUGUUUUUAUAAAUUGCCUAAGUUCUGGCAAAAGUGAGGGGGAUGAUUCUGGAUUCACGGAGGAGCAAACUCGCCGUUCUGUUAGGCAGUCAACAAAGAAGCUACUUACUAAAUCCUUUUCAUCUCACUAUAAGUUUUCUAAAGCAGUUCCACAGAGUCAAUCCAUUUCAUUGGUACAACAGUCUGGAUUCUCAUUGGAAAUUACACAGUACCAAGAGAGAGAACCUGUAUUAGUAAGAGCUUCUCCAUCUUGUUCUGUGGAUGUAACAGAACGGGCAGGAAGUUCUUUACAGUCUCCAUUGCUUUCUGCUGAUCUUACAACAGCUCAGACACCUUCAGAGUUUUUAGCCUUGACUGAAGAUUCUGUGUCUGAAGCGGAUGCAUUUCCUAAAAGUGGAAGCAUGGCAUCCCACUGUGACAACUUUGGCCACAAUGAUUCUACCUCUCAGAUCUCUUCCAAUCCUGCUGCUGUUACAAAGACAACAAUAGACCUUAUGGGAACUGUUCCCUGUGCAAUUAUGUCUCCUGGAAAAUACAGGUUAGAAGGCCGGUGUAGCACUGAAUCUAAUUCCUUAUUAGAAACCUCUGCUGCUAAUCAGAAGGAAGUGUUAUUGCAAAUCACCGAACUACCUGUUAUGAAUGGGAACAACUCAGAGACUCACCUAUCAGGAGAUAUGCAAAGAGAAGAACAUAUGGUAGUACAAAAUGGUGAAACAAUGUUGGCAACAAGCUCCCCAAGGAAACUUGGAUUUUAUGAGCAACAUAAAGCAAUAGCUGACCGUGUUAAAGGGAUUCAUCCUGUUUCAGAUUCAAGGGUAAUACCUUCUUCUGGUGACCAUCAUAUUUUUAACAAAACAUCCUAUGGAUAUGAAUCAAACCCUGCCAAAGUUCUUGCCAGUAGCUUCAGUCCAUAUCGUGAAGGAAGAUUUAUAGAAAGGCGACUGCGAUCCUCAUCCGAAGGAACUGCAGGGAGCAGCAGGAUGAUUUUGAAACCAAAAGAUGGAAAUGUAGAAGAAGUGAGUAGUUUAAGAAAGCAAAGAGCAGGUUCAUCAUCUUCAAAAAUGAACAGCAUGGAUGUUUUGAAUAAUUUGGGAUCUUGUGAACUGGAUGAAGAUGACCUAAUGCUUGAUCUAGAAUUUUUAGAGGAACAGAAUCUUCAUCCUUCAGUGUGCCGGGAGGAUUCAUACCAUUCCGUAGUUUCAUGUGCUGCUGUGGUUCUCACUCCUAUGGAACCAACGAUAGAAAUGAAGAAAAGAGAAGAACUAAAAUUUCCUGAACCUGCCAAACAGAAUCUUUCCCUGAAAUUAACAAAAGACAUUGAUCAGGAAGUCAGGUGCUCCCAUAUCAGCCGAAUGCCCAGCAGUCCAUCUGCAGACUGGCCCCUGCAAGGUGUAGAAGAAAAUGGAGGCCUCGAUUCUUUGCCCUUCAGACUGAUGUUACAGGACUGCACAGCCGUCAAGACGUUAUUAUUGAAGAUGAAGAGAGUUCUUCAAGAGAGUGCAGAUAUGAGCCCAGCAAGUAGCACCACUUCACUUCCUGUUAGUCCUCUUACUGAAGAGCCAUUGCCUUUCAAGGAUAUAAUGAAAGAUGAAUGCUCACUGCUGAAGCUGCAGCUAAAAGAGCGGGAUGAACUCAUCUCCCAACUUCAGGAAGAGCUGGAAAAAGUCCAGCAUUUACAGAAGGCUUUUGCUUCAAGAGUAGAUAAAUCCACACAGACUGAACUUCUAGGCUAUGAUGCCCUGUGGAAUCCUACAUGCACUGAAGUUUUAUUUAAACCGAUCAAAAGAUGAAAGCAGUCUAUCUUCAAAUGAAAUAUAUAAUGAAGAGCCUUCUUCCAACUACAGAAAGUCAAGAAAGUAUAUUUAUAUCUCUAAACAUGUAAAGAAAGUGUAUUGGCUACUGACUGGCCUCCUAUGAAAGGAAGUUUCUUGAGCCGAAUCAUAAAAGAACCCUUAUCUCCUGGACUUGGCAUCGCUGCGUGAUUUCUGUAUGUCCCUAUUUGUUGCCUUUCUGUAAUAGCUCCCUUUAAUUAUUAAAUGGCUGGGUGGCAACCAGG